UCGAUUUUCCGCCCUGCCGGGCCCAGAUAGGCCCCGGCAUCUCCUCGAGUUUCAACGGGGCAGACUACACGGGAAAACGGGCUAAGACCGGCCUUCUGCACUGUAUUGGGGAUCCACAUCACGUGCAGCCCGUCCAUCUAGCCAGCUAUGACGGAAUACCACACUGUUUACAAGGGCCCGGAAGGCGAGACAACGCAGUGGGAAGACAUCCAGCGUCGGCUAGGCAACAUCCCUCCGAAACCGCCUGUCUGGAAGCCUGACCCGUACAAACCGGAGGUGGAGGCAGUGCGGGACGUGGCCUGGGUGGAGCGGCGUGAUGAGGCGGAGCUGCAUGAGGCGGAGGACGUCUUUGAGGACGACCGCUUUCUGGAGGACUACAGGCAGCAGCGAAUCAAGGAACUCCAAGCUGCAGCAGCACGGCCACGGUUCGGCUCUGUGGAGCUCAUUCGCGGCGGCGAGUUUGUUGAGAAGGUCACGAACGCGGGCCCGGAUGUGUGGGUGGUGGUGCACCUCUUCAAAGACGGGCACGCCGGCUGUGGGCUGCUGCAGCAGUGCCUAGACGAGCUUGCAGCCAAGUACCCCUCCACCAAGUUUGUGCGCAUCGUCUCAACGGACGCCAUACCCAAGUAUCCGGAUGCGAACCUGCCCACGCUGCUCCUGUACCAUGACACGCAGUGCUUGAAGCACUCUGUCGGCCUGAAUGUGUUUGGCGGGCCCAAGCGAAUCACUCCGGAACAGGUAGCGCUGGUGCUCAACUCCUGGGGUCCCGUGUGUGCGAGUCCCGAGGAAGAUGAGGAGCAGGCGCAGAAGGCGCAGAUCAAAGCGAUGGUGGCUCGCAUGGUGGACAACAAGGUGGACGGCGGAGACGACCAAGAUGAAAGCUCGGAUUUUGACGACUGAUGAUUGACCCCAUGAGGAUGGUUGUGGGGGAGGUUUCUCCCAGCUGAGCUGCGUUGUGAUUCAUUCAGCUCGCAAGUUCGCAGUGUAUCAUACUGGAAAAUAGGGCGCAGCAUAUGCACUCGUAAGUGCUGCCGCAGGGGUUGGCUUCGUUGCUGUUUGCCAUCGAGCUUUGUGUUUCUGCACCGUUGCAUUGGGAAGAACCGCAAGUGGUAGCGGCAAAUGAUGAAGUGUUUUGCCCGGUCGGGUAGCUCGGUAAGGCGGAAUGGGGCGUGGGUGCUGUCCUUCCUCGGCUACAUGAGGGAACGAGGUCUAUACACAGAUCGGACAUGCAGGAGUCCGUUCUUUUAGCGGUAUAGCGGUUAGGGGCGUAAAGGGCAUUUGGAUUUCCUGAAGGAUUAAAUUCAUGCCAUUUUCUGCCUGCCUGAUGAGGCUUUUAUAACCAAGUAUGCCGG